AUGGGUGCUUCGGACAACCUCGACACAGUCUUCUCCGCAUUCGACAUAGCCUCUAAGCCUGAACCCAAGCCCGAAUCCAAGCCUGAGCCUGAGCCAGAGCCUGAACCCAAACCAAAUCCACUCCGCUCCUGCGAGGCCAAUCCCUCGGGCGAGCGACCAGCCCUUUUCGAGGAUGGCGAUCUGGAGGAGUGCCUGAAUUGCGGCAAGCCAUGCGACCCCGAGAAAACACCGGUGACAUGCAGCUUCUGUAGCGUCGGGCCAUUCUGCAACGCCGAGUGCAAAGAGGAGAAUGAAGCAAGCCACCACCUCGUGUGCAGCGAAGGUUCCAUCUUGCGCCAGCCGGGUCUCGGCCAAAUCUCGAAAUUCUCCUCCCCCAGGAUUCGUUUGUGUUUCUUUUUCUCGGAUCGAAACGAACAACUUGCUGCCGGGUCCACGUUGCCAGUCUUUGAUCCAAGGUGCCUCCCAGAGGAGGCUGCGCCCGACCUCAACGUCUUGAGCCUAGUAAAAUUAGACAAGGACGGCAUUCUCAAGUUGCCCAUAGACUUUCCCAAGACCGCCGGCCUGCGCUUUACCGAGAUCAACACGGCCAAGACGGCAAAGUCGCGUCACUACCUCCGCAUCUUGCACUACGGCUGGCUCCGCAACCGCUCCACCACGUACUGUCUCUAUCUCAACCGCGAGCUCAUGAGACUCUGGCUGCCCGCGUACCCCUGGCCGUAG